UAGUUAGAGGGUCAACUACGGAUGCUUCUUUUUAAUUUAUUUAAGCAUUUUUAAUGUAUUUAUCACCCUUCACCACACAUUUUCUUUCAAAAUAUUGUCGACGCCCGCUUUCCCUUCCCCGAGUUGCAGCUGUAUAAACACCAAAAUACAGCCGCUGCAACACCCAACGUCGUUUCUCCUGUCGCUUGCUGUUAACGCGUUCUCACUCAGGCACGCUGCACUUGUCCUCGGUGCUGCUCCUCGUCCAGCUGCUCGCCCUCCUUGCCGCUAGUCUUCGUCAUCAGUCGCGCCGCUGGUCCUCGUCCUCAGUCACGCCGCUCAGAUUGGCACUGGCAAUUUUGGUUUUAAUAAAUGGGAAAAAGUAGUAGACUAAGUGAGAUGUUUGGCAAUUUGGGUAGUUUCCUUAGAAUAUGCAUUUUUCGUGUUCUAUCAAUGGGACCCAUUCCCAAUCAUUUUGCCUUCAUAAUGGAUGGGAAUCGGAGGUAUGCUAAGAAGAAGAACAUGAAAGAAGGGGCUGGUCAUAGGGCUGGAUUUUUAGCUCUUAUUUCCUUACUUAAGUACUGCUAUGAAUUGGGAGUGAAGUAUGUAACUAUUUAUGCUUUUAGCAUUGAUAAUUUUAAAAGGAGUCCUGAUGAGGUUAAGGACCUGAUGGAUCUGUUGCUAGAAAAGAUUGAGGAGUUGCUGAGUGAUGAAAGCAUUGUGAAUCAAUAUGGAGUCAGAAUAUAUUUUAUAGGAAAUUUGAUGCUUUUGAGUGAACCCGUGAGGAUUGCAGCAGAAAAGGUUAUGAAGGCGACUGCCAACAACACCAAUUAUACCCUUCUAAUCUGCAUAGCCUACACUUCACGUGAUGAGAUUGUACAUGCUGUUCAAGUUUCAUGUAAAAAUAAAGAGGAGGAAAUUCAAUCAUUGAGCUUUUGUAAAGUAAAUAAUGAUGCCAUUGAUGAAGUGGAGGAUAAUAAAAAGUUUAAUGGUGUCGUCCCAUUUGGUUAUUUAGAUUCCCAGAAAGACAAGACAGAUGAAUCUCAAGCAACAAGGGCAAAUGUGACCUCCAGUUGUAUAACUACAGGAGUUGAAGAGGAUGGCAAUAAAAAUAACAUGACUUUGCGUGCUGUCCAAGGAUCCUAUGUAGAUACAUGGUAUAACUAUCAAGCAAUGACGGAGAAUAGAAUGGGCAAUGGAGCAUCUGCAUCCAAAGAAUGUGGGGAUAUGCAGGGAGAGUGUUCUAUAAUAAAGCUAGUUGACAUUGAGAAGCAUAUGUACAUGGCAGUAGCUCCGAAACCUGACAUCCUUAUUCGAAGUUCUGGAGAGACCCGCCUGAGCAACUUUCUACUUUGGCAAGCUAGUGAGUGUCUGUUGUAUUCUCCAGAUGCUUUGUGGCCAGAAGUUGGUUUAUGGCACUUGCUGUGGGCAGUAUUAAACUUCCAAAGAAACCAUUCUUAUUUGGAAAAGAAAAGGCGGCAGUUGUAACUUUGUUUUUUUUUUGAGAAGCAGCUGUAACGAAUUUAAUGCUGCAGAAAAGUCACGUAUCACACGUCAUGUGAUAAUUGAGUACACUAAAUUUUUGUGGAAGUUGGUAAGCUCAAGGAUGUGAUACAGAAAGCUUAAAUUUUCAAGCAUGGGCUUUUUUUUUAGUUGC